CGCGACAUUACGUGGUCUCAGAAAUAUACCUUCCGGAUAGAAUUCCGACUUCCUUGUCAUCAAAGAAGUGUUUUUUGGUCAAAAAAUGGACAACUUUCCUGGAUGAUUAACUGACAGCUUGUUUGAUGCUCAAAUAUGGGUCAGUGUUUUAGCAAACCAAAUGAAAAGAAGACCCCGCCUGGUGCGACUGAAUUGACUGCACCAGGGAUUGUAUCACCCUCAACUAUCAAUGUCAAUAUCAACAGUCCUGAGAGGCCUCUUCCCCCACCGCCAGCCAAAUCAGAAAACUCCUUAGUUGUCAGGGCUUUGUAUGACUUUGAUGCCAUAAACGAAGAUGACUUGUCUUUCAAAAAGGGAGAUCGCAUGGAGGUGGAGGAGUCCAGUCAAAACUGUGAUUGGUGGAUGGCUCGUCACCUGGCCACAGGGCAGACUGGAUACAUUCCCAGUAAUUACAUAUCUAAAGACGACGACACUCCACAAACUCAGGACUGGUGGUAUAAUGUAGACCGUAAGGAGUCGGACAAACAAUUAAUGUUGCCAGGCAACAAAGUAGGAACCUUCUUAGUCCGAGAGGCGGCCGAUAAAGCCUCUUACGUGUUGUCUAUACGUGACCACGACCCUAAAACGAACGAUGCCUGUGUAAAACACUAUAGAAUUAGAAAGAUGGACAACGGAGGAUUUUAUAUCAGUCCACGACGAACAUUCCCCAGCAUGAUCAAACUCAUCGACCACUAUCAGAAUGUAGGAGAUGGUCUUUGUUGCCAGUUAACAGAGCCUUGUCCCAAAGUUAGGCCGACAGUUCAGUUCCGUGAAUUAGAAGUAGCACGAGAGUCCGUCAAACUGAUGAAGAAGCUGGGUAGUGGGUGCUUUGGAGACGUUCAUGCUGGUAAAUGGAGAAACACGGUAGAUGUUGCUGUGAAGACCCUGAAGCCAGGGGCAAUGUCUGCUGAGGACUUCCUACAGGAAGCUAAACUGAUGCACAAAUUACGGCACCGUAAACUUGUACAGCUGUUGGCAGUGUGUACAACUACUGAACCUAUCCUUAUCAUCACCGAGCUGAUGGUCAACGGGGCUCUCCUGGAUUAUCUCCGCAAGGACGAGGGGAGGUCACUCAAGUUUGUCGUCUUAGUGGACAUGGCAUCACAGAUUGCUGAUGGAAUGGCCUAUUUGGAAAAUGAAAAUUUUGUCCAUCGAGAUUUACGAGCUGCCAAUAUCCUAGUAGGAGAAAACAACGAUGUCAAGGUCGCAGACUUUGGUCUGGCUAGGUUGAUUCAGGAAGAUAUAUAUGAAGCACAUGAACACACAAAAUUCCCCAUCAAGUGGACAUCACCUGAAGCUGCCUUUGACCGUAAAUUUAGCAUCAAAUCUGAUGUCUGGUCGUUUGGUGUUCUUCUUUAUGAAUUAAUCACUUUUGGAAGAGUUCCAUAUCCAGGUAUGAAUGGACAUGAAGUUUUGAGCAAGGUGGAGAAGGGAUACAGGAUGCCUAAACCCACGGGGGGAACUGUACCCUGUCCAGAUCCGUAUUAUGACAUCAUGCUUCAGUGCUGGAAGAGAAAUGCCGAUUCCAGGCCUACGUUUGAAUAUUUACGAGACUUCUUUGACAACUAUUUUGUGAGCUCGGAGGGCCAGUAUUCUGGCGAGCCAAUGGGUUGAUGAUAAAACAAAUCGUAUGACUCUCUCUCCUUGGAAAUUCCUAGUGAUUUCUAAUGCAAUUUGGAUCAUUACAUUAACUUUAUCUCAAAACAUUCCAGAAUUAUUGAUUUGUUAGAGGGUUUUUUUCUUAUGUCUUCAGAGUAAGUAUUUUUCAAUUUUUCAUUCAAUCAGGAAACACACUAAAAAGGCUCAAGUAAAGUUAAAUUCAUAAUCAGAUCUCCAUUAUCAACUAUAUUUCAGAUUCUUUUGAGAUAUCAAAACAAUUGUUAUACAUGUAUCUACAACACUGUGCUUGGUCACAGAACUAUUUUUUAUACGUAUUUUGAUAUAAAAGUUUUGUACAUACAGUUCCUGCAAACAAACUUGUGAAGUCCAUUUUUUUGAGUGUUUGAAAUGCUGUACAGAAGUAGAUUAUUUAGAUUAGCUAUGUUAUCACGUUCUGAAUCAAUUUGUACAUAGUACAAGCAAGCCUGUAUGAAUUGCCACUUAUAUUUCCCUCAUAUAUUUAUUAACUUGUGCCUUAUUGCCUUUUUAAAGUCCUUUUGAAAAACUUGAGAUUUUUAAAAAUAAUAUCUUCCUUUUACCCCCAUUCCUUGUGAUAAUAAGUUACAACACAAUAAGCUUUAUUUUGAUUUAUUAUAUUAUUUUAUCAAAUUGUAUCAAAUUGUUCAAGUACAAUAAUUAUUCUUUCCAAAGUAAGUUGAUGUUAUUUAACAUUGAUUUUUCUGAGAAAUAAAAAUGUUUAUGAAACCUAUCAUUGAACAAAUUUCUACGCAGAAAAUACUACAAGAUAAUAGUGCUUGAUCUCUAUGGGUGAAGUAAAACCUCAUUAAACCAGGAUAUACAUGUAUUUCACUCCAUGUCCAUCAUAAAAAUACUUCAGUGAAAUGACAAUCAAAAGGGCACAUUCCCGGUAAAUAUCCUUUGUCAAACACAUUCCACUAUCAAUUAAAUCAUGUCUGAAAUUAUGAUUCGUUUCCAAUAAUAUUACGUAGAAGUUUGAUUUAAUGUAUCCAGUCUUUCUGAUUUCAACUGAACAAAUCUGUAUACAUUCCUUUUUCAGUGUAAAUCUUCUGGAAAAUAUUUUUAUGACAGAUGCUUGUGUUGUGAAUCAUAUUCAAGUUAUUUUGUACAGAUUUUUUAAUACAUAUUGCUACAUUAUUUUAAUAAACUAUAUGUAAACACUC